AUGGCGCGCGAUACCGCAAGAUUCGACGCUUUGGUUAAAGUGGCCCGCCAAAGAUUACAAGAACUCAUCGAAGCAAAGAAGCACGCCCGAUCGAAAUCCUGCACGUCGACGUGGUCCCCUCCCCGGCGGCCAAGAACCAAAAGAAUAAUUGUCGAAGACAAGCCUGCUGUACUAAUUGAAACCGCCGAUGAUGAUUGGAAAGUAGAUCAAGAUGAAGAAGAACAAGAAGAAGACGAGGAAUAUUCCAACAACAAGGCCAAGAGAAGGAAGUUGUCCAAUAAUAUUCCGAAGAAGAAAAAAGAACCGAUCGGGAACGGGCCCCACACACCGCCGCCUCUGCCAGAAGAAUACAAGAUGGUGAUCCAAGAAAUCGGGAGAGGGAGAAAUAUAUCGGAGGAGAUGAAGCUGGUUAUCCAAAAGGGAUUGUUCGAGACAGAUUUGGCUAAGGCGAAUAACAGGCUAUCGAUCCCUUUCACGCAGGUUCUUGAUCAUAGUUUCUUGACGGACGAGGAGACUCACUUUCUUACGACUCGCGAUGGAAACAACAAGAUGAAGUUCAAAGAAGUCACGAUCAUCGAGCCCUCGUUGGAACGGGAUAAAGUGAAGUUGAGCAGAUGGGAUAUGAACAAGGCCAACGGCAAAAAUACGUCUUCGAAUUACGUAAUAAACGGAGCAUGGAGACACGUUGCAGAGAGGAAUAAUCUUAAACCUGGGAAUGUGGUCCAGUUGUGGUCUUUCAGGAUCGAUCACGAGUUGCAUCUUGCUCUUGUCAAGAUCCCAAAUAAUAGUAAUAAUUAGGGUUUUUUUUUAUAAUUAAUUUUGUGAUUUUGGAGUUUGAAUAUGGUUCGAUUAUUAUUGGAUCAUAAGUUGGGGGUAUUAGGGUUUUCAUUAUUUGUUUUUUGAAUAGGUAAAUAACAAUAAAUCCUGGUUAAGUCUGUUCUAUAUUACGAUGAAAACGGCAACGUAUCGUAGCCUUUGUCAUUUAUCGAUCGAGUUUUCCUAAUUAGUUAUGUUGAUGUUGUUAUAAUUUUAAUUUCUUCUUGCUCCUACAUAAAUUU